AUGAUCGUCGUAGCCUGCUACGACUUUUGCAACGGCAUCGGCAUCGAGUCGCUAGCCAAGGACACCAAUUCGCAACUGGAGACGCCUGGUUUCCCGGAUUGGCUGCGCUUUAAGACGGGGCUAUCACCCAUGUAUGCGCUGCUAGCGCUGGCAUGCGCCUCGGACUCGAAGCUGCCCACGUGCACGGGCGGGUUCGAGAAGUAUGUACAAGUCAUCCCUGAUGUUAUCCUCUUUACCAACAUUGUCAACGACGUUAUCUCCUUCUAUAAGGAGCUGUUGGCCGGUGAGAAGGGAAACUACAUUGACAUGCGCGCCCAGAGGGACGACGUGGACGUGCUAGUUGCGAUGCGUACCUUGGCUGACGAGGGCAUACGCAUCCGCGAGCGCGUACUUAUCGCUCUAGCCGGCGCGCCCGAGUACUAUGCGAACUUUGAUGCGUAUGCAAAGGGUAUUACUCACUUUCAUACCUCGUCUCCGCGUUAUCGUUUAAUGGAGCUAUUUGUGUCAGAGGAGACUGCCUGUCUCUAG